CUGCGAAUCAAAAGUAUCGAUACUCAGUAUCACCCAUUCAUUAUUGAGACAUUUGAUUUUGUUUUGAACUAAACGCAUAAUUUUCAACUGAAUCGAUUAGACUAUCUUAAUAUGGAUACCGACGAAAACAUCGUUUACUUAGAGGAGCGCAUCAUAGAAUCCGACGAAUCCGAAAAAGAUGAUGUUUUGAAUCUUGAGGAAGAAAUCGGUGCGGAAGAUGGUUAUAGUUCAGAAAAAUCUGAUGAACAGAAUGAGGAUGACCCAAGUACAUUAUUCGCUAUCAACCUAGUUAUUUCGCUGCGCAAUUUUAAAGGACAAACAUCAGGUGAGGAGCUCGACAAUUGGCUUAUAUAUGCUGAUAGCGUCGAAGAAUUUUUAUGCAACGUUUGGGAGAAGUCCAAAAAACAUCUCGUACGACAUAUCGUUGCCGUUUGUGAUGAGGAAGGGAAUAUUAAUUACAAAUGGAGCUCAAAAGAAGUGAUUGACGAAAAUGAUUUUGUUCAUUUUGCUUUGUUUUAUGAUAAACAAAAUCGUCGAACCAUCACAGUGGACAAAAUAACAACAAAAAUUCUACAGAACUGGCGAACUAAAUCUUCCGUCGAGUUAUUACUUCAUAAAUACUCAUUGACAGUUAAUUAUAAAACGGUAUAGUAGAGGUAAGUAGAGAAGACAUUGAUAGAUACAAUUCCGAAAAAUCGAGGAGGUGCUGCGACCACGGAAUACGCUCAAGAGUUGGCAAGAGAGUUACGACUAAAACACGGCCACAUUUGGAAUGGACAUGAAAUUGCGUGGAGCAUCUGGGCGAAUACGAUUUUGACUGCACCGAUUCAUCAGCAUGAGUCAUUGAAAAACGAUUCCACUUCUCCUUCAAGCUGCUUUGAGUUGUUUUCAAUGAAUGAAGGUGAACAUAUUCGGAGAAUUCGUCGCGAAUAUCGUGUUGCUCACAACAUAAAUGAUGGAUAUCAGGAAGAUGUUAAAAAAGUCAUGGACGCAUUCAGAGUGAUAAAAGAGGUCCAUCAAAGUCAAACGCUGCAAAUUUCUGCCUCAGAAGGACACUUGGAAAAUUUGAUGCUGAGAAGUCAACUGGGCGAAUCGUUCAUUAGUUCUGCUGAGUUAGCUGUGAAUGUAAAGGAGAGUGAUUUUUCCGCAUCAAUUUCAACAAGAGUACAAGAUUCGGAAGAUAUUGACCACAUGAUAUAAAAUUGUAUGGAAUAG